AUGAGAUGUACUGUACAUAAAAAUGAAUUUAGUAAUUAUGGCACUGUUAAUAAUGGUACCAGUAAAAAUGAAUUUAGUAAUUAUGGCACUGUUAAUAAUGGUACCAGUAAAAAUGAAUUUAGUAAUUAUGGCACUGUUAAUAAUGGUACCAGUAAAAAUGAAUUUAGUAAUUAUGGCACUGUUAAUAAUGAUACCAGUAAAAAUGAAUUUAGUAAUUAUGGCACUGUUAAUAAUGGUACCAGUAAAAAUGAAUUUAGUAAUUAUGGCACUGUUAAUAAUAGUACCAGUAAAAAUGAACUUAGUAAUUAUGGCACUGUUAAUAAUGGUACCAUUAAAAAUGAACUUAGUAAUUAUGGCACUGUUAAUAAUGGUACCCGUAAAAAUGAACUUAGUGAUUAUGGCACUGUUAAUAAUGAUACCAGUAAAAAAUGA